AUGGCGAAUCAAGUAAAUCUUGUUGUUAAUGCGCCUGCCGCGCAUCGACUGAGAGACAUUCAAAGGCCAGUGGUGGUGAAUAAUCCUUCAUGCAUCCGAAUCUCGGAUGAAGCUCAGAACUAUGAGAUCAAAACCAUCCAUCUCAACAUGUUACCACAAUUUAAUGGAACAGCAGUCGAUGAUCCAUUAUCAUUUAUUAAAGAAUUCUAUAGUGUGGUGGAAACUUUCCCAUUGAACAGGUUGACGGAGGAUGAAUUAGGGAAAAGAUGUUUUUCUUAUUGCAUGAAGAUGAGUGCGAGGACAUGGCUUUUGAACUUACUUGAAGGAUCAUUCAAUACGUGGAGAGAUGUAUAUGAUGCUUUCAUUAUAAAAUAUUAUUCUCCACAGAAAACUCUUUACCUUCGCGGCAAAAUAUAUAACUUCACUCAAUUUGAUGGUGAACCAUUCCAUGAGACGUGGGAGCGCUUCAAGAUGCUUCUUGCUCAAUGUCCACAUCAUUUCUUUGAUGAAUUAUUACUAACGCAAAUGUUCUUUGAAGGUUUGACCAUGAGUGGGCAAACUUUGGUUGAAACGGCAUCCAGAGGAAGUUAUGGAGAAAAGACGGCGGCUGAAAUCAAUCAUAUUUAUGAGAAUGUCGCUCUAAAUUCUGAACAAAGAGCCAUUAGAGGACGAAGGGCAGCCGCCCAUGAGGUAUCUUCACAUCAUGAUGUUAUGUCGGAAGUCGCCAAAUUAACCAAGCAAGUGAAGAUGCUAUUUAGUCAGAAUCAGCAGUUGAAGGAGAUUUGUACAGUCUGCGGAAUUCAAGGGCAUGAUGAAACUUCUUGUAGGUAUGCCAAUAGAGUCCAAUCAGAGGAAAUCAAUUUUGUUUGCAAUAAUCAAAAUAGACCGCCAAGGAACGACCCGUACUCGAAUACUUACAAUCCAGGGUGGCAAAAUCAUCCGAAUUUUUUAUGGAGAGAUUCGAACAACGUUAAGCUGCAGGGACCAUCAGAAUUUCACCAAAACAGACCAGCACCUCCACCUCCACUACAAGAGAAGAAACCUUCUCUUGAAGAGAUGAUGAUUCAAUUCAUGGCAAAUCAGAAUGGACAUAACAAUAAAAUGGAGGAAAGGAUUAGCCUGAUUGAACAAUCAUUUCAAUCUUUCAUUCAUAAUGUGGAGCUUCAACUGGGGAAAUUGGCAAAUAAGGUUGCUGAAAGAGAAAAGGGAAAAUUCCCUAGCCACACUGAGACAAAUCCCAAGGAGAGAGCUGUGGCAAUCUCUUUAGCAGGGGAGAAUGAAGUUGAUGAAGCAUCAAAAGAAAAGAAGGCGGACGAAUCAGUUGUUAUAAAUGAGAGAACGAAAAACAAGGUGGUAGAUGAGAGCAUUAUAGAGAAACCUCCGCCGACAAUCAAGGCAUAUGUGCCUCCAAUUCCAUACCCUCAGCGGAAGAUGAAGAGGAUAAACGAGUUGAAUUUUUAA